UGGCUCAAGCCAUCUCGGCUCAGAUAUUUCAGGGUUUGGCCGCUAAAUUUCUCGCCGCGAAGCUUCUUGAAUGGGCAGCUCCCAAAGCAUCGCACCAGAGUUCAGGGAUGAUACAGACACCGUCCGCGCCGCUUGCAAAAAAAACGGUACGUCUCUUGAACACGCUUCUGCGAGGCUGAAGGAUGAUACAGGGACGGUUCGCAUUGCUUGCGAAGAACGUGGAGUAUCUCUUAAAUACGCUUCUGAAAGGCUGAAGGAUGAUGCAGAGGUGGUUCGCGUUGCUUGCAAGAAUGGCGGAUUGUCAAUUGAAUACGCGUCUGAUAGGUUGAGAGAUGAUAAAUGUACAGUUCUCUUUGCUUUCAAGAACUCGUCAUCUCCAACCCUUCUCAGUUAUGUUUCUGAGAGGUUGAAAGAUGAUGCAGAGGUGGUUCGCAAGGCUUGCCAACGAAACCCGAUGUCCCUAGAACAUGCCUCUGAGAAGUUGAAGAGUGACAGCGAAGCCGUGCGCUUCGCAUGCCAGCAGACAAACGAUAUACGUAAAAAGAGGAAUAUACUAAAGAACAUCGCGACUGGAGCGGCGAAGCAAGAUCCAGAGUCGUUGGUUGCCGCUGGCUUGCUGAAGCUAUGGACAGGGGGGCAGCCUAAACAUGGUCAUGACGUUGUGUUUUCUGUCAGGUUCUCCUUGUCGGAGGGUUCGUCCGAUGCGGCGAACGAGUUCUAUUGCCAGAUGACAACGCUGCCAUUCUUUAGAGAUUAUCGCUUCUAUUGCGGAUUUUCCGAACGCGUUCAGUAAGAAGUAUUGUGGCCAGAAUGGCAGCGACAGCUGGACCAAAAUGGAUGGCCACUGUUUCGGAAAAUGUGGCAUGCUCUGCAGCGAGAUGCAUAGAGGAAGGUGCUGCGACCCAAGCACGAACGGAACGACGCCGCAAAUGACGUGCCUCAAAGUCUUGGCAGAGGAAGAUGAGGAUGCGGCAACCCUCCAUACCUGCUGGGCGCACUCUUUCCGCAAGAAGCAGCAGCGAGCCAAGAAGAACGGCGGCCUCAUGGUCCAAAUUGUGGAGGAAGACCGAGGCGGCCCAUACAAGCUCGGUCCUGGACAGGAGAUUGAGUCGGUAAUGGCUUCAGAGAUAGGGCUCAAAGUCUUUAGAAUCCAGGUCGCAGAGGUGAGCUCAUUUCUCGGCAUGACGUUUCUAGCAGAAACCCAGGAAUCAAAGGCGCAUCGUCAGCUGGAA